UUCAUAAUAUUUUGCUGUUAGAAUUUCCAAAAGCAAAUCUGCUGUUGAGAUCUGUUUUUUUUUGUUUUUUUUUUGGAGUCUAUGAGUUAUAUCCUAAGGUAGCUAGAAAUCACCAUCCGGUAUCAGUAUCCACUACCCAUCUCCAUUAUUGAAAUCACUGUUUGUUUAUGCAUAUAUACUUGAAGGAAUUUGAUGUUUUUAGCCACUCAGUACUUCUCUCAAUAUUUCUAAAUGGAUACACAAAAAAAUUCUAGUUUUAUUUUCUCGGUACUAGUUCUUUUCUUCAUCUUAUUCCGCUCAACGUUUUCUCUUCUUGAUCAUGGUUCCCAGGGUCAUUCUCUCUCGAAGUUGUUCCUAUUCGGGGAUUCUUAUCUUGAUACAGGAAAUAACAACUUUACUGUUAGAUGUUGGAAAUUCCCUUAUGGUAUAGCUGUCCCUGGUGUCCCGACUGGUCGUUAUUCAGAUGGUCUUAUCUUUACUGAUUUUCUCGCAUCGUUUAUGGGAAUUGACUCUCCACUGCCUUACACCCAAUGGAUAAAUUUAAGCAAGAGUAGGGUUGCGAUUGGGAUGAACUUCGCUCAUGGCGGUACCGGUGUAUUCGACACAUGGAUGAAGGAAGGAAACAUGACCACGCAAAUCAACUCUUUUAAACAGUAUAUCGCGGAUGGAGUGUACAACCAACGCGACCUUGACGAGUCCAUAGCCGUUGUUUCAAACGCUGGUAAUGACUACACACAGUACUAUGCAGGAAACCGUGGCACUCACGAGGGAUAUCCAGCGUUUGUUGCGAAAGUCAUAGAUCAAUUGGAGUUGAAUCUAAGAGAAAUUAAACAGACAGGAGUAAAGAAAGUAGUAAUGCUGACCAUGCAACCGCUUGGAUGUCUUCCUAACAAGGCAAAAACUCUAUCCUACGAAAAGUGCGACAAGCCUUUGAACAAUGACACCAUUUUUCACAACAUGCUUCUGCAAAAAGCCGUUCAGAGGCUCAACAGCGAAACAACUGAUUCUCCGUUUCAUAUUCUCGAUCUCUAUGGCGCUUUCAUGUCUGUGAUCAAUAAACAAGGAGGAGGAGCAGACUAUUCAGGUAUUGAUAAAACAGGAAGUGCCCCAUUAUUGAAGCCAUGUUGUACACCUACAGCCAAAAAAGCUUUGUGUGGGAGUGUUGAUGCCAAUGGGGUGAAAUUAUACACGUUAUGCGAGAACCCAAAUGACAGCCUAUUUUGGGAUUUAUAUCACCCUACGCAAUCUGGUUGGCAAGAGAUCUUCACAUCUUUAACACCCUCUUUUGAUGAGGUAAUGCAAUACAACAGCCAGUUAAACAUCUACCCACGACGUCCCUCUGCCUCUGUCGCUACUUCUUAAAUUUUGCUUUGCUCUUUGUAGGACUGUGUGUGUGCUAGGCGUGUAAUAAGUGUCCAUCCAUUUAAUUGGAUCACUCACUGUGACUGUGUAUAUGUUUAUUUUGAUUGCUUUGAUGUUGAUUUUUGUUACCUUGAAUUUUUGUAUUUGGAUUGUUCUGUCUUAUGUGUUU